AUGUAUUUAUCGAAGUUUUUAUUAUUGUCAUCCAGUAUGGCUUUGCUAUUGUCAGAUGUUGCUGCUGCUGACGAAAUCAAUGCUGCCCAUCAUCAUGACUAUAAAAGAGAAGAAAAAGUAGUUUAUGUUACCAAUUAUGUUACUGCCCAAGUUGUUGUUUCUGGUGAUAUCACUACCACUAUUCUGCCAAAUCAAAACACUGUUUCUACUGAUAAUGAUGUGGUCGAUAUAAAUUCCGCUAGUAACACUGCUGAUAGUACUACUACAGCUAUUGUUGCUGCUACUACUACCUUAUCCACUGCGUCCUCUACUUAUGUCACCUCUAAUAUAGCCUCAACUACUCCUAGUGUUGCUUCAACUACUCCUAUUACCUCUUCUACUACUUCUCCUGCCACUUAUACUAGUUCCAGUUCCAGUUCCAGUUCCAGUUCUAGUUCUAGUUCCAGUUCCAGUUCCAGUUCCAGUUCCAGUUCCAGUUCCAGUUCCAGUUCCAGUUCCAGUUCUAGUUCUAGUUCUAGUUCCAGUUCUAGUACAUCUUCUGCAAGUUCUGGCUCCGCUCCCAACUAUGGUACCUAUGGUAUAACUUACUCACCAUAUACUAAUUCUGGUGGUUGUAAAUCUACCUCUGAUAUUAUUUCUGAUAUAAACGACUUAACUAGUUACAGUGUUAUCAGAAUAUACAGUAAUGAUUGUAGUGUUUUGGAAACUAUAUUAAGUGCUAAUACCGAUCACAAGGUCAUGGUUGGUAUAUACUACAUUGAUCAGAUUGCUAGUGCUGUUUCCUCAAUUGAAUCAGCCUGUAAUGGCGAUUAUUCACGUAUUCACAGUAUUACUGUUGGCAAUGAAUUGGUUAAUAGUGGUGAGGAAUCUGCUAGCAGUGUUGCUGGUAUUGUUAGCAGUGCUAAAUCUCAGCUAAAAGCCAUUGGAUAUACGGGAUUGGUCACUGAAGUUGAUACCCUGGUUGCUGUUCAAAAUAAUUCAGAUGAGUUAUGUGACGUAGGCGAUUUUAUUGCUGUUAAUUCCCACGCUUAUUGGGAUGGUAAUGUUGAAGCAUCCAAUUGUGGUCCUUGGUUGAAGGAACAAGUUGACAGAAUUAGCUCAUUAUGUAAUAAUGGCAAAACAAUUUUGGUUACCGAAACUGGUUGGCCAACACAAGGCUCAGACUACAUCAAUUGCGUACCUAGUGUUGCAAAUCAAGCUGCAUGUUUGGCAUCUAUUACUGAAACUUUGGGAGACCAAGUUUUCCUGUUUACUAUGCACAAUGAUUUAUGGAAGUCACCGGGCACUUACGGGGUUGAGCAAUAUUGGGGGAUCUUUGAUAGUUGA